AUGCAAGGAAGCGGCAAGUCUACACUGGCAGUCAUUGCUUCUGGAGCCUGCCGAAAGCGCGUUGUCGACAUGGAAAGCCUUUUCCAAGAAGCGACUGGAUUUUCCACAGCGAAGUAUCGGAAGCAAUUUGGAGCCUCGAAUCACAUGCUUCGCCAGGAAGAGAUUCUUCGAAAUGCGCUGCAAACGUACGACAAAGGUGCCAUUCUGGUUUGCAAUGGCACUUCUUUAGAGAGGACUGGUCAGACGCUCCUCGAAGAGUUCUCAAGGACGCAUCCUGUCAUUCACAUCGUGCGGGACCUUCGCAGCAUCCACCAAUACCUGGAGGUAGUGGACAUGUCGAAGCUGCAAGGUUUGGUUGAAUUCAGUGGGCCUCUAUUCCGACGCUGUUCGAACUAUGAGUUUUAUAACCUCACCGAGAAUAAAGCGCCUUCCUGCAUCGCUCCCGCAAACCAACCAUCGGUUCCCGUUUUCCUCACAUUAAAGCGGACUGAGAGAGCUUUCUUGAAUUUUUUGUCUCUGAUAACUACUACGGAAACGGGGCAAGGUAAGCUAGGUUCACUGGAAGCCGAUUUGCCCCUUUCCGAGGUCGCUACUGAACUACGCAACCAUACAUGCGCAGUUCAAGCGCCUCUCGCUGUGCUGCAGUCCGAGGAUGUGGACAUCGAAGAAAUCGCAAUGGGCUCCGACGCUUUCGAGAUCGUCGUGGAUCCGGGUGAAGUGGAGUUCACUCCGCCGGGUCUGCCCUCUGACAGAGCUGAUCUGAUCACGCGUGUUAUAGCCAGAGUUCGCAGAGUCACUGUUGUCCCUAUCAUCUACCACGUUAUACCCGUGCCCGAACAGGAUCCGAGAUGGACGUCCUAUCUUGAGCAUGUGUUCCAUGGUUUGAGAUCCGCUCCAGAUUUUCUGACGGUGGAUAUGUCCCUGGAUGACGAGGCCAUUGCGGAAGUGGUGCGGGUGAGGGGAUCUACAAAAAUCAUCGGACACAUGCAUUCGCCUCUGAACUGGUCUAAUACAUUCUGGGUGCAGAAGUGCGAUGCUGCCGUACGGUUAGGUUGUACUGUCGUGCGCUUCACUCGGCCAGCGCAAUUCAUGGACGACCGUGCUAUGAUCCAGUGCUUCCGGAACAACAUCAAACAACACUUCCCCACGACCCCCCUCAUAUGUUUCAACACCGGCCGCGCUGGGCGCCAAUCCGCAUGCUUUAACUCGGUUCUCACGAGCGUUAUUCCUCCCAGUCUGAGGGAAAGCGACCAAUUCUCUGCGUUGGUCGAGCGCAACCUGGAAACUUCAUGGCUUACAAUUGAUGAAGCUACUCAUGCUCUCUAUGCGACCUUCACCCAUGAACCCAUGAAAUUCUACAUCAUCGGUGCCAGCGACGAGCACAACAUCUCAUCUGCGAUGCACAAUGCUGCUUUUGAGGCAUGCUGCAUGCCUCACACCUUCCAGAAUAUCCAAACCUCGAAUCUGAGUCGCCUACAGGACCUUGUGCGGGAUACCACCUUUGGGGGUACGGCUAUCACGCGGCCGUUCAAGAUCGAGGUUAUCUCAUUGACGCACUCGCUAAGCAAACAUGCGCGCGCCAUUGGAGCCGUCAAUACUCUUAUACCUGUUCGACACUUAAAUGAGGACGGUAGCAUACCGGAUGCUCUGGGACUUUUCAAGGAACGCAAUCAAGCAGGAACGAUCAAGGCUCUGUAUGGCGACAAUACGGACUGGAUAGGCAUUCGGGCCUGCAUACGGCGCGGACUUUCACCAGCCAAUGCCGUCUGCCAUAGCACUUGUGGUUUAGUCCUAGGAGCAGGGAGUAUGGCACGUGCAGCCGUAUAUGCCCUGCUGAAAUUAGGAGUGCGGAACAUAUUGAUCUACAACCGCACGCUUGCCAACGCGGAGAAUCUGGUCAACCACUUUACGCGCCUUGUCUCAUUUCCAAACACUCCAUUCUCACCCUCGAUUACUACGUCAAACCGCGUUCCUGCCUUUCGCAUUCUGAACUCGAAAGACGACCCGUGGCCUGCCGACCUGCCUCCGCCAACCAUCAUCCUAUCGUGUGCUCCUAUCGAUGCCAUGGGCGACAGUUUAGCACCAGACUUCACGCUCCCCAAACAAUGGUUACUAUCUCCCACCGGAGGUGUCAUCGUAGAAGUAGCUUACCGCACCCUCGACGAUCCCCUGACGGAAGAAGUCCGCGAGAAAGCAGGCCAGUCGUGGGUCUGUUUUGAUGGGCUGGACGUCCUGCUCGAGCAGGGAUUCGCGCAGUUUGAGUUGUUUACUGGGAAGCGGGCGCCGCGGAGGAUUAUGCGGGAAGCGGUGCUCAGCUCUGUGGGGAGUCAGGGGGAAAAGGAGGAUCAGGGGAUAGUGAGGUCGAGGUUGGACAAUGUGGUGGAUUUGGACCCUUGA